AUGAGGAGUCUCCUUGGCCGGCCAUCGCGGUCGUACAAGGACGUAGAUCAUGACACCGAGGGCCUCUCGGCCGUCGGCUCAGCGCCCUAUGCAAACCACAGCAGCAGCAGCAGUAGGAACGAGCGGGCAAAGGACUACAGGCCAUCAUAUGCCGAGCUCCACUUCAAGCGCUCCGCCAUGCACGACCCACACCCACAAAGCUCAUUCUCCCCACUACCCCCCGCCUUUCAGUUUGGCAGGAAGAACAAGGAGCAGGCCCUCGUCGGACAACGAGCAGAGUUGGACCAUAUUCUCGAGCCUGGAUUCAAGGCAGCGUCCAUCUACGACGGCGACGACAACACCAGCAUUGCAGGCCCAUCGCGUCUGUCGUCUGCGCGCACCGCCGGCGGGCUGAGUGCAUUGUCGAGGAAGAGCAAGGACGAGGGUUUGCGACCGAGCGGGUCCAUCACCAGCUUCCACCCCAACCGCGACAGCGCCGUCUCACGGCGUGGUCUCGGCGGCGUAUACAUUGACUCGUCGGGCCGCUUACACGAUACCGAGUACGACCCGUUUGCUGGCGUGUCCGAGAUGUCGAGGCGCAAAUCCCGACGACGGUCGGCCUUUGGAGGGCAGCAGCGUCGAGGGUCCCUGUCAGCCUCUGAUGGCUCCGACGUCAGCUCAGACUCGGGGCGGCUAGCAGCCCCACGUACAUCCUAUGACGGUCGACGUGUAUCCGAAGAAGAAAAGGACAAGGAGAGGGACGAGAUCCGACGCAGACUAGAAGUGGACCGUCGGCGGCUGGACGAGGUGUCGGGCUACGCUGCUGCUCGGCGUCGCAGCAUGGUGAGCGACCGGGCAAGUGGAUACCACACCAUCAACGGCAGGGCAACACCGAGCAUCCGUUCCGGUCACGAGGACGGAAUUUCGCUUGCCCCCAACGGUCGUGUGCCCAGCCGCCUGAGCCAACACGCCACCCUGCCUUCCCCGCGCUCACCCACGUUCGACGGCGGGAUUAGCACAUUAUCAGGCUCGUCGUAUGCCACGACUAGGCAGUCUGCGCGCCCCGCGAGCAGUAACGGUGGCGGUGAGGAAUCACCUCGCAAACACACGGAGACUACCCCGCCAGAGCUUGCCAAGCGGGAGCUGCCAAAUAUCAAGUCGAAACGCGAGGAGCCACCACCAACCCCACUACAGCAAGACUAUGAAGAGGACGACGACGACGAAGAAGUCUACGAAGAGACAACACAGGAUACAGACACGGAAACGCCUGUCACCACCGCUCCACUCUCCCCUGUCAUGUCUGCUGUGAAAAUCCCAUCCAUCCCCUCCGCACACCCUGCCGCUGCCGUUCCUGUCAUCCCCCUCGUGCUCACACCCGAGCCACCGGAGAAGGACAAGCCUCCACCUCCAUACCACGAGCAGCACGACAACGACACUGUCGUCACCACCAUUCGCAGCGCCCGCGUGCCCUCCAAGACGUUGCCCAAGCCACCACCCAAGCCAAAGCUCAGUGUACCCAAGCAAAAAGUGGAGACGGCUCCCGACGGCGCAACUCGUGUUACUGGCUUUGCCGCUGGGCCUCCUCGUGCGGCUGUCAAGCCACAGACAGUCGCGAGCCGCACCAUCAAGGUUCCCGAAUCAGUCAUGAGCCACAACUCGUCGCGUUCGUCUGAGCGCGAGCACCGCAAGCCCGCCGAGCGUCCACGCGAGCAAAUCUUCCCCGAGACGCCAGCGCAAGCCAAGCGGCGCGAGGAGCAAGAACGUCGGCACUUGCGUGCCGGGAGGACACCCGCAGGUGCCUUGGCCGCGGACAGUGUUGCGGCGUCGUCACGGUCGCGUAUUCUGCCCGAGAUUGAGAUUGUGGAUGACGAUGACCCACGUAUCGUCUUCCCAUCUGCGGGACCUAGGACGCGCAUCCAGAGUCACGAUCACAUCAUCCGUUCGUCGUCGAGCAUUGGACGCGACAACAGCUCCAAGAGCAUCAAGUACAACGACAGCAACAAGGCGACGUCUGCCAUCAUCGAGGAGACGGGCGGUGGCUAUGUGCCCUCACGCUGGGCGCAAGGCGACCGCAACCUUCGUGUCACAGGAGAGCAAAAGGAGAUGUACAGGCCAAAGGAGUGGGGCGGCAAGCAUGGAGAUUUAGGAGGACGAGCAGAGGAGUGGAGGCCCGACACAAAGGACGCCCUCAAGCGCAACAUUAAAGACCUUAGCACCAACGCGCGCUUUGGCAUGUUCCGCGCGAAAAAGAAGAUUCUCCGCAAGGCAGAGUUGUAG